AACCCAAAAGUGGCAAAGUUUCCAAGCAACCAGUGGAGCAAAGGCUUUACCAAGGAUUUAUAAACACUCGAUUCACUGUGAUUUAUGUGGUGGAGGAAUGUAGACCACCUUUAAAACGAGCGGUGGGAGUUCUGCAGCUCCUCAAAUCCCACUUCCACUUCUCAGGAGAGGAGACGGCAGCAAACUUUCUUCAUUUUACACAACCCCUUUGGACGAAUAGAGGAGACAAUGUUACCAGAGAUCCUCACCACGAUGGAGGUUUACAGUCUGUGUGGAGUCACCCCCGUUGUGCUUCUUCUUCUUCUGCUGUUUCUGCUCAUCACCACCUGGAGCCAAACACAGAGUUCACACAUACCAGGUCCCUGUUUCUGUGCAGGACUCGGUCCAAUCCUUUCUUAUAGCAGAUUCAUUUGGACUGGGAUUGGAACAGCCUGCAACUACUACAACAACAAAUAUGGCAGCACCGUCCGGGUUUGGAUCAAUGGGGAGGAAACCAUCAUUUUCAGCAGGUCCUCUGCAGUGUACCACGUUUUGAGGAGCCCUCACUACACAUCCAGAUUUGGGAGCAAAAGAGGCCUUGAGUGCAUUGGGAUGGAGGGGAGGGGUAUCAUUUUCAACAGCAAUAUCCUACUCUGGAAACAAGCUAGGACGUACUUCUCUAAAGCUCUGUCAGGCCCCAGCCUUCAGCGGACCGUGGGAAUCUGUGUGAGCUCCACAGCCAAACACCUGGACCACCUCCAGGACAUGACCGACCCCUCUGGACAUGUGGACGCCCUCAAUCUCCUGAGAGCCAUCGUAGUGGACAUCUCCAAUAAAUUGUUCCUCAGGGUUCCUCUCAAUGAGAAGGAGCUGCUUAUGAAAAUCCAUAACUACUUUGAAACCUGGCAAACGGUUCUAAUCCAGCCUAAUGUCUUUUUCAAGAUCGGAUGGCUUUACGACAAACAUAAAAAAGCAGCCCAAGAGCUGCAGGAUGCAAUGGAGAGUCUGCUCGAAAUCAAAAGACAAAUCAUUCAUGAAACGGAGAAGCUGGAUGACGACCUUGACUUUGCAACAGAGCUCAUCUUUGCACAGAACCACGGGGAGCUCUCUGCUGAUAACGUCAGGCAGUGUGUGCUGGAGAUGGUGAUCGCAGCUCCCGACACACUCUCCAUCAGCCUCUUCUUCAUGCUGAUGCUGCUGAAACAAAACCCGAAAGUGGAGCUGCAGCUUGUGGAGGAGAUGAGCACCGUUUUGGAUGAAACAGCUAUGGAAAACGUCGACUAUGAAAGACUAAAAGUGAUGGAGAAGUUUAUUAAUGAAUCCAUGAGGUUUCACCCUGUGGUCGACUUCACUAUGCGGAAAGCUCUGGAGGACGAUGACAUCGAAGGUACCAAGAUCAGGAAAGGAACGAACAUCAUCCUGAACAUCGGACUCAUGCACAAGACUGAGUUCUUCCCCAAACCCAGAGAGUUCAGCCUGACCAACUUUGACAACCCGGUGCCCAGUCGCUUCUUCCAGCCCUUUGGCUGCGGGCCUCGCUCCUGCGUCGGCAAACACAUCGCCAUGGUGAUGAUGAAGGCCAUCUUGGUCACCCUGCUCUCCCGUUACACAGUAUGUCCACGCAAAGGCUGCACUGUGAGCAGCAUCAGGCAGACCAACAACCUGUCACAGCAGCCUGUGGAGGACGAGCACAGUCUGAGCAUGCGCUUCAUCCCCCGCAGUCAGAACCAAAGCACCGUCAGCUCUGAAUAAUGAGGAAGUUCUCACCUUUCAGAUAACAAUACCCGACUAACGUAUUAGUGCACCGAGUUCAAAGAAGGUAGAAGAUACAUUUACCCCCUUACAGAGGUCUUCUCUUUUUGCUUUUUGUCACACUUAAAUAACAGAUCCAACAAACAACAGGUAUUAUCAAAUGAAGAUUACCUGACUAAAUAAAAAAGCAAUUUUUUAAUAACGAUUUAGAAACCCACUUGUGAAAAAGCAAUAUCCACCUAAAUCUAGUCACAACAAUAACAACCUUUGGCAACGACUGGUGCAAUGAACCUUUUCUUUGCAUUAACUGACAAAGAAAAAUAAAGAUAAUUAUUUUCUUCACUUGGACACAAGAGACGUUUUUCCCAAUGAUGCAAUAGGCAAAGAAAAAUAAGACAUUAGCCUCUUUUCUGGUGAAAAUCAACAGCCAAGUUGCCUUGUUUAGAGCCAAUAAACAAUAAUAAAGGCUUGGAAAAUAAGUUUAGAUAAUACCAGAAAAGAAUCACGAGUCCAAGUGAAUGAGUUUCAUUGCAGAACUGUUAUCUCAGCUAAAUUAUAGCAAUAACAGCAUGUUUAAGUUUAAAAAGAAUGACUAGUCCACUCCACAAACUUUCAAAAAUCUGCUUGUCCAAUUUAGAGGUAUGAAUGAGGUAUGCAAGAGCUUUAGUUUACAAACUGAUGGCUAGAUAUUCUCUGUAUGAUUUUGUUUAGUAGAGAUUAGAAAUCAUGGUUCAGCAAGUCGUAAAGGUCUUUUCCCCGCCAUGUUUCAGAAAGUUCUCAACCUGGAAAGCAAUGUUUCAUUAGAUGUUUUGUGUUGUAGACUUUUGUGAUGUACUUUUAUAUUUAGUUAACUUAGAGGUUAAUAAUAGAGGUGUGUUUUAAAUCAUGAUUUAAGGUGAAUUUGGACGAACCUUAUGCACUAUAAGAAGCAAAAUGGCUCGAACUUUUGAACAUGUCAUGUUGCAAAGACAAACUUCAAUGUAUUUCACUGGGAUUUUAUAUUACAGAUAAACACAAAGUGGUUUGAAUAAAGGGGAAGGAAAAUGAAAAAUGGUUUUCAAAAGUUUUACAAAUAAAAAUAUGAAAAGUGUGACCUUGAUUUAACCAGAAAAUACAGAUGAAGUUACAGCUCUAAAUCAUUUUUGCAGCUUCGCACAGCUAGAGACCAGAGUUGCUGCACUGUUUUCCUCGCAAAACUUCAAAAUAAUUGAAAACUUUUUUCUUUACCCACACUAUAAUAUGUUGGUCUAUCCCAUAUAAAAUGUUAAUAAAUUGCACAAACUGUAAAAGUUAAACUAUUAAUAGUUUUGGAAAGUGUUGCAUGAGAAACCAUUUGUAUUUACUUUGCAUAUAACAUAUAAACCCUUAAAUAAAACCAACAAAAUCCGA